AUGAAUAAUUUGUCAUCAUUUAUACUAUUUAUACUUUUAAUUCUAUUAUUUUGUUACAAAUCACUUGAAAUUAGUGACAAAAAUUUAAUUGAUUCUUUAAAUAUAGAGAAUGUUCCAGUACCAAUAGCUUUAAAUGAUGAAGAAGAUAAACAUAUUAUAGAAAAAAGACAACGUAGGGGAAGACAAAGAAGAAAAAGAGCUAGAAGACAAAGAAGGGCGCUUGUUGCUCAAAUAACUGCUAUAAGUGUACAAUUAGCAUCUAUAAAUCAACAAUUCAGUAGUCUACAAGCUCAAGUAUCAAAUUUGGCAACAACUACACCAACUACAACAACUACAACUUCUUCACAAGCAGGAUAA